GCGCUAACAGCUUACCGGAAGAUUAGCACAGAGGCGGAAGACGCGCUCCGUGGUGUGACAGUGCGCAUCAAACCUGCGGCAGAACCCGGACAGAACCUACAGAACCAGGCUGGAAAAGAGUGCGUUAAGGCGAAAGAGGAAAGUGCGCGCGCAGUUGCAGGUGCGGGACUCGCCAGCAACCAUGGUGGGCGAGCGCCGCAACGGGAACCUGCUGGUCCAGCUGGGGCCCAGCCUGCAGGCGUACCCGGAGGAGUUGAUCCGCCAGCGCCGGACCCACGACGGCCAGACGGAGUACCUGAUUCGCUGGUGCCUCGUCACCGUAGACGACGGGUCCAGCUGCGGGGGCGGAGCCGGCGAGACGGGCGGCCCGAGCGGCGGAGGGACCGGCGUAGGCGGGUCCGGCGGCUCCACGUCAGGAGAAGCUAAGCCGGAGAACAUCCUGAUGUGGAUGACGAUGGAGGACGUCUUCGCCAACUGCCCCACGCUGCUGGGCAAGAGGAAGGCGGAAGCGCAGCGCCCCCUACAGCCGCAGGAGAAGCAGCUGGGCGGCACGGCGGCAGACGGAGCACCUCAGGGCGGCGAAGAGUUUCCGGCAGACGUGACAUUCGACGAGGUGGAACUGUCCGACAUGAAGCAGGAUGUGAAGAACCUGGUGUGCCGCGCCCGGAAGCAGAUGGCCAAGAAGAGCGACUUCUCCAUCAACAUCAUGCACACCAUCCACGUGCUGAGCGCCUACGCCAGCAUCGGCUCGCUGGUCGGCGUCUUCAAGGAGACCGGCGCCCUCAACCUGCUGAUGGAGCUGCUGUGCAACAAGGAGACGCAGACGAGGCGCAGCGCUGGCAAGAUGCUGCGGGCGCUGGCCUCACACGACGCAGGGAGCCGGGCUUACGUCCUGCUGUCCCUCAGCCAGCAGGACGGCAUCGAGCAGCACAUGGACUUCGACAACCGCUACACCCUGCUGGAGCUGUUCGCCGAGACCACGUCCUCCGAGGAGCACGGCAUCUCCUUCGAGGGCAUCCACCUGCCCCAGAUACCUGGGAAGUUGCUCUUCUCCCUGGUGAAGCGAUACCUGUGCGUCACGUCUCUGAUGGACCAGCUGAACACUGCGGGGGCGGAGGCAGGCUCAGAGAGACAGGACGGUAGCCCCGCCCCCACCGCUACAGGCUCCGCCCACCAGUCAGAGCUCCUCCGCCUUCAGAAGGAGUUUGACUUCACCAUGGCUAUGGCCAACCUGAUCUCGGAGCUGGUCCGGGUCAUGGGCUGGGACCGGAACCGGAAGACUCCCGACGGCUCCGGACGGCAGUCAGGAGGGGGCAUGGCCUGCGGCAAAGAGCUGGCGGAGGAGGUGCCCCGCCCCAUCCUCCGCUCCAUCUUCCAGCCCCGGUUUUGCACCUCGUCUGUGUCGCCGGCCGCCGGCUCCCCGGAUUCGGUGCCGGCAGCCACGCCAACCAAGAAGAGGGGCGGGAACGGCUUCAAGGCGCGGUCAGACUUCAGUAGCCGCUCGGCGUACGUGGAGUACGUCCAGGACAGCCUGAAGAGCGGCAUGGCGGUGCGCAUGCUGGAGGACUACGAGGAGGUGAGCGCCGGCGACGAGGGCGAGUUCCGCUACAGUAACGACGGCUCGCCGCCCGUUCAGGUCUACUGGAACUCCCUGUCCAGAACCUACUGGGUCCACUGGCACAUGGUGGAGAUACUGGGCAGCGGAAGCAGCAGCCAGUCCGACAGGGAGACGCAGGAGAAGGCCUCCACCCUGACCGAAACGCUCAAACUCACCGCAGGUAAGAUGGACUUCCUGCCCGCUACUCCCCCUGCUCCUCAGCUUUUCUCUUCCUCUCCUCCUCCUUUGCCCCCAGUCAGCCAGACGUUCUUCUCCAAGCCGCCGGGGGGCCUGUACUCGCUGCCCUACCUGACGGAGGCGCUGCAGGCGGAACCACUGCUGCUCAGCCGAGCAGAGUGGUGGGAGGUGCUGUUCUUCAUCAAGAAGCUGGAGCCCAAGCAGCAGCAGGAGGUGCACAGCUUGCUGCAGCAGAGCUUGGAGGACCAGGAGGUGCAGCCAGAUGAUGCGUCUCUCAUCGGCCUGUCCGUCCCCGGAGACGUGUCCAAGAAGCUGCUGCACUACCUGAAGCAGGCGCUGCCGUCCUGGUGCCUCGACGACCUGCUCUGCUCCCACGCCUUCUGCAAGCACUACCUGCGGCGAGGAGGAGGAAGCCUGGAGGAUGAAGAGCUGCUGGCAGAAAGCUCCCUGGCUCCACCCGCUUUGGGAGGAGGAACACAGAGCUUCACCUCCUCAUCGUCAGCCUCCUCUUCCUCAGCUAAAGGCUCAGUUUCCAAGAAGGCUAAGAAGGAAGUUCCUCUGGACUCUGGCUCCUCGGAGACGGAGAGCGAGCUUCCCUCUGAGGACGACAGCAAGUAUCCAGACGACCUGGAGGACAAGAUGAAAGUGUUCAACAACCCGCGGGUUCAGGGGAAGAAGAGCCUGCUGGAGAAGCUGGGGGAGGUGGUGGACAUCCUGAAGAAGGGAGGCUCGGCCUCAGAACAAACCCAGCAGCUGGCCACUGUCCUCUUCAUGGCGCGGCUGCUGGAGGAGAAGAGCGCACAGGACAAGAACUCCAUGAGGAGCGAUUCGGCCCAGACCAUUCGUGACAAAGUGCUGAAGCUGCUGGUGGAGCUGCUGGGCUCCUCCUCCAGGGACGUGGUUAUGAGCACGCUCAGAUUGACCCACCUCCUCAUGGUGAAGUACGAGUGGAGGGUGUGCUUCGCUACGGAGGGCGGGGUCAAAGCGGUCCUGUCCUGCAUGCAGGAGUUCUCUACGGUGGUCCACGUGCUCCAGCUGGCGCUGGCGACGCUAAAGGUCAUCACCGGCGCCAGUAAGCACGACCUGCGCAGCGUCGGCAGUAGCCUGCCGCUGUCGGAGUCGGGAACCCAGAUGAUGCUGGAGAUCUUCGCUAGCAUUGGCUCAGCCACUCCCGAAGGCUCCAAGGGCCUCCUGAGCGCCAUCCCGUCUGCCAUCGACCUCAUGCUGAAGACCAAAGGCUGCAUGCUGUCGGUUCGGAAUGGGCUCCUGGUCAUCAUCAUGCUCAUCGCCAGCCACAAGAGUCUAGCAGAGCAGCUGGUGGCUUGCGGUGUCACCACCGUCUUGAAAAAGUGUUUGACACUGUCCAGGGCUGAGACCAUGCUGGCCAUCAUCGCCCUCAACCACAUCUCCAUGGUGCACAAGCUGGAGAGCAAAGAGAGUCAGGACCAGCUAGACUUUAAGGACACAGAGCUGCAGAUGUUGGUGGUGAGCCUGAAGGAGCUGACGGUGACCAAAGAGGUGAUCCAGACCCUGGAGCAGCUACUGUGCGAUGACACGUUCCAGCUGGAGGACGAGCGCCGACAGGUCACCCGCAGCCGGGACACCUACCAGGACCUGGUCCGCCUGAUGGAGCAGCACCGAGCUGACCGGGCGGUCCAGCUGUCCAUCCUCAGAAUCCUCAACAAGUUCCUGGACAACUACGAGGAGGACAUGCUGCCAUGGCACGAGAGCAUUGAGCCAUGUCUGUCGACAAUGACGGCGUUCAUCAACGACAGAGAGGUUGUGCAACUCUUCAUCCGCUUCUUGUACCGACUGGCUUCACUGAACAAGGACUAUGCAGUGGUUAUGUGCCGCCUGGGGACCAAGGAGUCUCUGGUGAAGGCUCUGGACAAACACAGCACUAACCUGCUGCUGGUCACCGAGCUGCGAGACCUCAUCAGUGACUGUGAGAAAUACGCCAGCCUCUACAAGAAGAUGACCACCAGCGUGCUGGCCGGAUGCAUCCAGAUGGUGCUGGGUCAGAUCGAAGAGCACCGCCGCAGCCACCAGCCGAUCAACAUCCCUUUCUUCGACGUCUUCCUGAGGAACCUGUGCCAAGGCUCCAGUGUGGAGCUCAAGGAGGAUAAAUGUUGGGAAAAGGUGGAGGUUUCCUCCAAUCACCAUAGAGCCAACAAGCUGACUGACAAGAACCCCAAAACCUACUGGGAAUCCAAUGGGUGCACUGGCUCGCACUUCAUCAACAUUUACAUGCACAAGGGCGUGGUCAUCAGACAACUCGCCAUCCUAGUCGCCAGUGAGGACUCGAGCUACAUGCCGGCCAGGAUCCUGGUUCUGGGCGGGGAUGACCCAGCCAACAUCAACACAGAACUCAACACGGUGAACGUCGCUGCCUCAGCCAGCCGCGUGGUUCUCCUGGAGAACAUGACCCGGUUCUGGUCCAUCAUUCAGAUCAGGAUUAAGAGAUGCCAGCAGGGUGGCAUCGACACUCGGGUCCACGGCUUUGAGGUUCUGGGUCCGAAGCCCACGUUCUGGCCCGUGUUCAAGGAGCAGCUGUGCCGCCGUACCUACCUGUUCUACAGUACCAAGGCCCAUACCUGGUGUCAGGAGGUGGUGGAGGACAAGGCUCAGCUGCUGCAGCUCUUCAACAAGCUGAACAGUGCGUUGAGACAUGAACAGAUGUUUGCAGAUCGGUUUCUGCCGGACGCUGAAGCAGCCGAAGCUCUGGGUCGGACCUGCUGGGAGGCUCUGAUCAGCCCCAUCGUCCACAGCAUCACGCUGUCAGAAUCAAAAGCAUCCAGUCCGCUGUCGUGGCUCCUCAGCGAGUACCUGGAGAACUCGGAGGUGGCCCGCCGCUGCAAGAGCCGAGCCGCUAUCUUUAACUCCAGAGUGAGACGCCUCACUCACCUGCUGGUCCAUGUGGACACGAGUUCAGCUGACGGCGAGGAGCUCAAACCUCCAGCGAAGUCCAAGGUUCUGAACCGGAGCAAAGAGCUGAAGAAUGGUAAAGAGGGUAAAAACAAAGACUCCUCUGCUGCCUCCUCUUCCUCCUCCUCGUCUUCAUCCAAGCCCAAGGUGAAGAGCAGCAGUAGCAUUGCAGGCAUCGCCCUCUGUUGGCAGGGAGUGGUGCAGCGGCAGGUCAAGAAGUUCCUGGAGUCCAGCUGCAGCCUGCCGGACUUUGUGGAGCGUUAUUGUACUCUGUACCUGCGCCUGAAGAACGCCAUGGAGGAGCUGUUCGGACAGCAGACGGCCUUCGUCCUCGCUCUGAGACACGGCUUCUCUGCUGCGCUGCUGCAGCUCUCCAUCCUCAGAGCCAUGCACGUCAGUGAGCGUUUUGCUCAGUACAUCGACCACAUGAUCCAGGCCAGCGCGGCGCCCUCUGGUGGAGCGGAGACCCUGCAGCGCCUGCAGCAGUUCCUGGAGCCGAUGCUCUUCCUGUCGGGCCUGGAGCUCGCCAACACCUUCGAGCAUUUCUACAGGUACUACCUCGGGGACCGGCUGCUCGCCCAGGGCAACGUGUGGCUGGAGAGCGCUGUGAUCGACCAGAUCGGCAGCUGCUUCCCGAGUCGCUUCCCUCAGCAGAUGCUGAAGAACCUGAGCGAGUCGGCGGAGCUGCAGCAGGAGUUCCACCUGUACCGGCUGCAGCAGCUGGACCGCCACCUGCAGGAGCAGGACCAGGUCAUGGAAGACUGGGAGGAGUCCGAGGAGGAGGCGGAGGUCCAGGUCCUGGUUCUGUCUCCACGGUGCUGGGCCGUGUCCUCGGGCUGCUUCCUGGUUGAACCGGCCAAACAUUUUCCAGCUGAGAUCUGCUCCUACCUGAACCACUUCACCCAGUUCUACAGCCACAGUCAGUCCAUGUACAGCCUGAGCCACUCGAAGCCUCGGCGGCUGCAGUGGACAUGGCUGGGCCACGGCGAGCUGCGGCUGGGCGGCUGGACGCUGCACGUCUCCACGCUGCAGAUGUUCGUCCUGCUGCACUUCAAUGCUCAGGAGGAGGUCAGAGUGCAGCAGCUGCUGCAGGAAAGCGGCCUGUCUGCUGCCGUGCUGCUGCACGCUCUGCAGCCGCUCAUCGCAGACGGAGGACCUUUGACCUGCAGCUCUGAGGAGGAGCCCAGCACAGCUGUGCUGCAGCUGAACCAGCAGGUGGCGUCCCGCAGCCUGCAGGGCGCGCCUGCGUCGCUGCAGCUGCUGCCCCGGCAAACGUACCUGAAUGUGGACGAGGACGCGGCGGGAACGCUGGAAAGGAAGAGGAACUUCAUCUACUGCCUGAUCGUCCACAUCAUGAAGCAGGAGAAGGAGAUGCACAUCGACAACCUGGUGUUCAAGGUCAUGGACUCGUGCCAGAAGCAGGAAGCGGCUCGCUCGCCGGGCGGCGGCCGCUUCGGCUGCAGCACCGGCGACGUGCUGUCCUGCAUCAUGCACGUCAUGAACAAGGGCUGCGUCCGCCGCAACGACGACAAUCCGCACAUCGUGGAGUUUGUCCCCGAGGACCCGGCCACGCCCCAGAAGGGCCACGCCCAGAUCUCCUUCGGCCACGCCGGCUCCAGGAAGGACAGCACGGCCGACAUCAGUUUGGUACCGGCGCCGCAGCGGUUUGAGGAUGGGGUUCUGGACUCGGUUCUGUUCUCGAUGGGCCGGACAAUGACCCAGGAGGAAGUCCGCCAGCUGAUGCAGCGGACGGUGCAGCAGGUGUCGGCGACCCUCAGCCUGGACUCGGACCGGGCCGAACACCUGCUGAUCCACUGCAGGUGGAACGUGGACCUGCUGGUGCAGCGCUACACCGACGACCCCGACGCCCUCAUCAUGGCCGCCGGCCUCACCUGCAGGAACCCGCAGCCGCCGAGCCCCGCCCCCUCCUGCCCCGUCUGCCUGGGGCCCCGGGCCCCCGACGCCGAGCCCGUCCCCACGCUGAGCUGCAUGCACUACUGCUGCCGGUCCUGCUGGCAGGAGUACCUGACGGCGCGGAUCGAACAGAACCUGGUCAUGAACUGCAACUGUCCGAUCACAGACUGCCAGGCUCAGCCCACCUCCCAGUUCUUCCUCGGCAUCCUGACGGACAGGGACACCGUCGCCAAGUACGAGAACGCCUUGCUCAGAGGCUACGUGGAGUGCUGCUCCAACCUGACGUGGUGCACCAACCCCCAGGGCUGCGACCAGAUCCUCUGCCAGGAGGCCGUGGGCAGCGUGGGCACCUGCUCCCGCUGCUGCUGGUCCUCCUGCUUCAGCUGCAACUUCCCCGAGGCCCACUACCCGGCCAGCUGCAGCCACAUGUCCCAGUGGAUGGACGACGGCGGGUUCUACGAGGGGAUGAGCACGGAGGCCCAGAGCAAACAUCUGGCCAAGCUGAUCUCCAAGCGCUGCCCCAGCUGCCAGGCGCAGAUUGAGAAGAACGAGGGCUGCCUGCACAUGACCUGUGCCAAAUGUAACCACGGCUUCUGCUGGCGCUGCCUGAAACCAUGGAAGCCCACACAUAAAGAUUACUACAACUGCUCCGCCAUGGUGAGUAAAGCCGCCAGGCAGGAGAAGAAGUUCCAGGACUACAACGAGAGAUGCACCUUCCACCAUCAGGCCAAGGACUUCGCCGUCGGCCUGGAGAGCAAGGUGUCGUCCAUCAACGAGGCUCUGCAGAUGAAGUCGCUGACCUUCGUCAUCGACGCCUGUAAAGUCCUGGCUCAGGGCAGAAAGGUGCUGGCCUACUCCUGCGUCUACAGUUACUACAACCAGGAGACGGAGAAGAUGGACGUGAUGGAGCAGCAGACGGAGGCGCUGGACCUCCACACCAACGCCCUGCAGAUCCUGCUGGAGGAGACUCUGCUGCAGUGCACUGACCUGGCCUCCUGCGUCCGGCUGCUCAAACCAGAACAUCUGAACACGGGCCUGGAGCUGAUCCGCCGCAUCCAGGAGCGCCUGCUGGCCAUCCUGCAGCACUCCACCCAGGACUUCAGGGUCGGCUACCAGACCAAGAGCGGCCAGGAGCCCGAGACCACGCAGGCGUCCAGCCUGUCCAACCACACGGACACCAACAAACGGUCCAAGUCCAACCGCGGGUCAGACUCUGGAGAUUCGGACAACAACACGUACAACGCCGAGGAGGGCGGCGAGGAGGCGGAAGACGACGAUGACGAGUACGACGAAGAGUACGUUCCCGAGUGGCACGAAGACUACGACGAAGACGACAUCGACGAGGACGACUUCUUCUCCGACGACGACGAGUCCGAGAACCUGGAGAGGGACUUCAGCCCCUUCGACUGAGUCGGGU